AUGAGGUUCCAUACAGCUCUCGGAGAGGGUGUGCUGUCCGCAGAUGGACUCGUCCACCCUGAGACGAAGCGAAUCUCGAAUGGGGUGCUCCACGAGGACGUGGACCAAGCCCCCCACCCGGCCGCAGUGAGGGCUGUCGAUGACCAGAUAAACUCCAUCACACUGCCACAGCUUCGCUCGAUAUGCCGGAGCUCCAUUGGGGGUGUCGACCCCAGUCUUCCGGUAUUCCCGCCCCAGCGAGUAUACGACCGUGUCCGGCGGCCCCGGGAGCGGAUCACGUCGGAAACCGACUGCUUUGUGCUCUGCCACAACGACCUCUGCCGUGAUGGGUUGUCGGAGGAGAUGUACGGUAAUUAG